AUGAGCAGGCUGCACCGCGCGGCUGCCCGCGGCGACCUGGCCUGGCUGAGGCGCUGGCGCUGGGGGCUGAGGGUGCUGGGCAUCGACAGCCGCGACCAGGAGAAGCGGACACCUCUGCAUCUCGCCUGUGCCAACGGCCAUGCGGAUGUGGUGAGAUUCCUAGUGAGACAGGACUGCCAGGUGGACCUCUCUGACAACUGGAGGAGAUCGCCCCUGAUGAAGGCAGUGCAGAGCCAGCAGGAAGAGUGUGUGGCUGUUCUGCUGGAGCAUGGGGCUAACCCAGAUCUCCAGGAUGCUGACGGCAACACCGCCCUCCACCUGGCUGUCCUGUCUCAUAACGUAGACAUGGUGUUGCUGUUACUGGAGCAUGAUGCAGAUAUUGAUGCAGAGAAUAAGGAGGGAUGUACCCCACUGAUCCUGGCUGUCUCUGAACAUCACAAAGAGAUGGCAGAGGUUCUCCUGAAAAUAGGAGCUGAUGUGCAGGCUCGAGAUCUGAGUGAAAGAACCCCACUUAUGAUUGCUGCCUCUGGUGGGCAGCUUGAUUUGGUGAGAGUUCUUCUUGAGUUCGGGGCUGAUGUUUCCCAGAAAGAUGCUGCUGGGAGCACAGCUGGGGAUGUUGCUGUUCUGCAGGGAUACUCCAGAAGCUCUGAGGAAGAGGGGAAUGAUGACAGUUGGAGUAGUUCCGAAGAAGAGCUGGAUUUUAGCCCCAAGGGCAUGGUGCUUGCUGGUGCUCUUGAAAGACAAUCCAAGUCAGAAGCUUUGCUGGAAGAGACCAAGUGCUGCUGCAGGGAGUUGAGGAAAAGGAAUCUGGGCUUGCAAGAGGAAUUGGAAGAGGUUAAAAGCAAGGUGCAGGACUUGGCAGACUGGCAUUGGCAGUCUGCAUGUUGUGUUGGUGGGCUGAGGGUUGCCUGGGAUGAGGAGGAAGGAGAGCUAAGAGCUUCUUUCCAGAAACUGCAAGACCUGCUGCUGGCAUCUUCUGGAACAGACGGAAUAAUAAAAGAGCUGGAAGAACGAGUGCAGCGCCUUCAGAUGGAAAAUGCCAGGUUAGAGGCCACAGUCCAGCAGCAGAGCAAUAGGAGUGAAGGCCUUUGGAGAGACCUGCAAGCCUCUGCCUGGGUGGAUCAGCUUUCUCAGCCUCUGCAGACAGAAUCCAAGAAAGACACGGGGACAGAAGCAGAAGUUGGGGUGUCACAAGAAGAGUUCUCCAGCGAGCGUGGAAACCAGGAACAGCUGGAGAAGAGUGAACAGCAGCUGCAAGAAGAGGAGAAGCUGCUGGCUGCGAGCCCAGUUCAGCGUCCAAGUGAACCGGGCAGGCCUGGCACCUACGAGGCACUGAGCAGAAAGCCAAGUUCAGUGAGAAGCAUUCGAGUAGGAAGGAGGAUCUACACCUUUGCUGCUAAGGACUAUCCGCUUUUUCAGUGCCUGAAGAAAAAGUCGCAGAAAGUCGGGUGCACAGAAGCAGAAACUGGGGAAUCACAGAAAGAGUUACCCAGCAAGUGUGGGAGCCAGCAACAGCUGGGGAAGAGCCAGCAGCAGCUGCAAGAAGAGCCUCUGCUGGACUUGAAACUGCCCAUCCUGGAGCUUCUUCCAAUGGAGUUGCAUUCUACAAAUAUGGAUGCUGUGAAGAGCCAUGGACCCCUCUCCUGA